ACUCUCUAAACUCUCACUAACUCUUGCUCUGACAAUGACUCAUACAUAGGCCAUAGCAAGAAGAAGAGAAAAUGACAUUUGCAAAUUGAAAAGCAACCAUUUAACGGCUCUUCUCUUCUUUUCUUUUCUCUAACAAACAAAACCUCUUCUUCCUUUUUUCUCUAUAUUUACUGUUACUUUUCCCAUUUCAAUCUCUCACCGACACCGUAACGGUUAACGCCACCAUUUUCCGCCGUCGUCUCCGAUCUACUUCCACCGUCUGGAUACAAAAUGAUAGGAUCCUUUCUUACCUGGGCGCUUGUGUAUGCUUCACAAUCUCCGAAUUUUUUGAAUUUAUAUGUUUUUUAAUGAUUUUAAUUGUGAGAUAUUUGAAAUUUAAUGAUUAUUUCUUUGUCCUUUGGUGUGUUGGCAGGAGUGUUUUUGGAUAUGCAUAUCCAGCUUAUGAAUGCUAUAAAGUAGUUGAAAAGAAUAAGCCGGAAAUUGAACAACUUCGAUUUUGGUGCCAGUAUUGGAUUUUGGUUGCUGUUUUGACAGUGGGUGAGAGAUUUGGGGAUACAUUAAUAUCAUGGGUUCCAAUGUAUAGUGAAGCUAAAUUGGCAUUUUUCAUUUUUUUGUGGUACCCCAAGACAAAGGGAACAACAUAUGUAUAUGAUUCCUUCUUUAGACCAUAUGUCGCAAAACAUGAACCAGAAAUUGAUCGGAGCUUGAUGGAACUAAGGACGAGGGCAGGAGAUUAUGUAGUUUUAUAUUGUCAAAGAGCUGCUAGUUACGGUCAGACGAGAAUAUAUGACAUUUUGAAGUUUCUUUCAGCACAAUCAACACCAGCACCUCGCCCUGCUCAGCAACGACCAGGUGUGAGGGUUCGUAAACCUGCACCUGCCAAGGACCAACCAGCUGCUGCUGCAGAACCACAAGUUGAGGAACCCCCAUCUCCUGCCUCUAGCACAUCUUCAAGUCAGUUCCAGAAGGAAGUAGCAGAGGAAUUGGAUUCUCCACAAGCUCCUAAAGCUGCCUCUCCCGUUGUAGGCUUAAAUAAACAGAAGUCUUCUGUAGCAGGUUUAAAUAAACAGAAGUCUUCUGUAGCUGAUUUAAAAAACCAAAAGCCACCUGUAGCUGGUUUAAAUACUCAAAAGACAUCUGUAGCUGGUUUAAAUACUCAAAAGUCAUCUGUUGCAAGUUUAAUUACCCAAAAGUCUGCUCCUACAUCUGAAACAAUUAUCAUAUCUUCAUCAACAGAGUCAGACUCAAAGAAGAUUGAAGCUGUGUCACCUUCAUCCUCUUCAGCAAAUGAAAAUGGAAAAUCUCCUAAAAAGGAGACCAUAAUGGAAGAAAGCAUUCGGGUUACACGGGGAAGACUAAGAAAAACCCGAUCAGCAGGAACCCAGUAGCACAAUGCUGUCAAUGUUUAGCCUGAAAUAGGGUAGUUGGACACCAUACUGGAAAUUGAAUUAUAAAAAGCUUUUAUGUAUGGUUUCCGGAGUUUUCAUUCCAUUUUUGCUUCGUUUUAUUUCUUUUUAUAAACUUGUCUAGGCAUGGAAUCGUUAGUAGCUUGAUGCCAGUUUUUAUGGACUAAAUAUUCUGACAGGAUGAAUGUUUGCAUCAGCUGCUCUGUACAGCAGGUCUUCCUAUCAAGUGUAACAAACAGUAUUAACAUGUUUUCCACUUUUUAUGGACUAAAUAUUAUGACAGGA